UUUUUCUCUUUCUUUCCGGUUGUCAAAAGUGCAGUGCAUCCCGAACCGCUAAACAAUGGCCGACGUUGAUGUUGAUGUUCCCUCCGCAGCCCCCGUCCUCGAUGGCGCCAUGGACAUUAACACCGCCCUGCAGGAGGUCCUGAAGAAGUCCCUGAUCGCCGAUGGACUCGUCCAUGGCAUCCACCAGGCCUGCAAGGCCCUGGACAAGCGUCAGGCUGUCCUCUGCAUCCUGGCCGAGUCCUUCGACGAGCCCAACUACAAGAAGCUGGUCACCGCCCUGUGCAACGAGCACCAGAUCCCCCUGAUCCGCGUGGACUCGCACAAGAAGCUGGGCGAGUGGUCCGGCCUGUGCAAGAUCGACAAGGAGGGCAAGCCCCGCAAGGUGUGCGGCUGCUCCGUGGUCGUGAUCAAGGAUUUCGGUGAGGAGACACCCGCUUUGGACGUGGUUAAGGACCAUCUCAGGCAGAACAGCUAAACUAAACGGCUGUCCCCUGUCUGCUGAAUGAGAGACUACGUGAAAGUUUUUUUUAAGCUAUUCCGCUAAUUGAAAAUAAAACGUAAUGCACCUGAAUCCAGAUGAAAAUAAAAGAAAGUUGACCUUUUUA